CGCAACGAUGGAGCUAUCGCAGAGAUGGAGAUGACGCAAACAGACUCAGCGCUCCGAAAAAGUGUUUCAAGACGAACAUGGCGGCAACUUAACCGCGGUCCUAGAUGACAAUGGCCACCAGGAGAACUGAUUCGAAGCUUUCCCCCCAGCGACGGGACAGAGACACCAGGCUGCGUGCUUCUCAGUGGCUCGUCGCUUUCCUUUAAGUCAAUCUGCAACACAAACGGCGCGCAGCAUCAGAGGCACCGCAACAGCUGGUCUACCCCGACCACACAGGACAGCGGAUCUCGGGAGGAACAAGGGGGCAUGCGGUCAAAGAGGACACCGUUUCCCCUCGGAGAGCCAUGGAGAACCGGGAUGCGGCAGCGCGAAGCUUAAUCUGUGCGGGCGCGUUAAUUGGACCGUUUACAGGAGGAGAAGCGAGUGGAGUCCACCUCCCCCAAAGUCAAUGAGUAUUGUGGCAGAGCAGCCCCCGCGGUGGAGUCGGCCAGGGCAGCGCUUUCCUAAAAUAUGACCAGGGGUGCUUGGAUGCGUCGGCAGCAUGAUGAAGGCUUAAAAUACUGGUUCGCACCCCGAGAGAACGAAAAGCCAUUCACCGAAUCGGAGCGGGCCCAGAGAUGGCGCCUGUCGCUGGCCUCUCUACUCUUCAUCACCGUCCUGCUCUCUGAUCACUUGUGGUUCUGUGCGGAGGCCAAAUUAACGCGGACCCGGGACAAGCGCUGGGACGAGGGGCUUGCAGUCACGGACAUGGGCGAAUACUCCCUACUUUACCCUCAAAUGACACCCCACCCCUACCGACUCGCCGGAGAGCCCCCAAACACUAUUUUUCUAGAGAAUUCUACCAAACCUCUGCGGCGGAUGGACACCUGUCGCCCGGACAGUGUGUCCAAAGACUGCUAUACUUUCACGGACGCCAGGACCGUGUGCCGGGGCCUCUCCAACGCAGGAGACAACGGAACACAGUUUGCCUACGUAAAUCUGAGCGAUUUGUACCUUUCUUUUUGUAAUUCCUACUCACUUUUGGAUUUGUUUAACGGGUUUACGAGUGUGAACAAUACAAAUUGCACGAGCCUGGACGAGCAGGGAUGCACUGAGUGUGUGGAGGCUUUCCAGCUGCUGGACCAGCAGGCAGAGGACAACUAUAAGGAGUUUGAGACCCUCAUCACAAAAUACGAGACGGAUGUGUACUCCGUCAGGACCUGCAUGGAGGAAUGCAUGAUGGUGUACAAGCCGUGGCUGUGCUCACAGUACUUCCAGACCAACCAGUACCACUGCGCCGAUCGGAUCCCCUGCAACCAGUACUGCUUCGAGGUGCAGCAGCGGUGCCCUUUCAUCCUGCCUGAUAAUGAUGAUCUCAUCCACGGAGGCAGCCCCAGUUUUGUAUGCACAGGGCUGCUGGAGGACUAUCCAUCAGGUGUGGACCCGCGCUCAUACUGCUGCGAUGUGCGGUGGGACUUGAGAGUGGACAACCGCUCUCUGGGGAGCCUGAAAAGGACUCACCCGCCAUGCCAGCACCGAACCUCUCUGAGCUCAGCGGCGGCCUGCAGACUGUGUAACAGCCGCCUCAAACUCUGCCUGCUGGUCCUCGUCCUCCUACACACUGUUGCCAGCCUCACUGCAUCCCACAAUGCAACAGGACUGGGCCUCCCCACCAUCACGCCUCUGGAGGAGAGCCCUGCCAAUGAGGAGUGAUGGAGCUGCCAGGAGGCGGGUGAGGGGAUUCCCUCACCAUGGCAACCGCUGUGGAAAAAUACAGCCACGGUUGUGCGGGUGGCUCGUGCUGUGCUCCCAUGGACAUUCUGCAACAUUUUCUGACAAAGAGAAAAUACAGGAAGCAGCGAGACGAAAGACACACCAAUCAAUCAAAAGGAAUAAGUAAACAAACAGACACAAUGAGGGAUGGGAACAGUCCCCAUGGAGACAAGGGGACAACGCCACAGCUUUUGUUGAUCGGGAAGGCCGGCUUUCUCAUGGCUGGAUUUCUCUCACUGCGCUUUUUUACACUGUGUUCCAAUUAUCCGUUUCUGUUGCACUGGCUGACUAUGGAAUAACACAAUCAUAUUCUCUUUUUAAUGUUCACUCUUUGUGCUUGUUUCUGGGUGGCUCUCACUGCACACUCACAUGAAACCACUGAACAAGACCGAUCAUUUAAACCCGCUCGCAGCUUUGAGUUCAUCUCCAUUUUUCUAAAAUAACUACCCCUAAUAUUCUGAACAACCUGUAGUGGUUGGCUAUUUUUCAGCUCUGCCCCACCCCUCAGCUCCACGGCCUCCGACAAAUCAUUAUCACGUAAUGUGUGUCUCUCUAGUAACCCAAAAAAUAAAUUAACAGUUCUGUAACUACCUGUAGCAUGCAUGUAGCACAUAUGGACAUUGUCUCAAAUUUCUGAAAAUAUUAGUUGAUUUAUGUAGCUUUUAUAGAUCAUUGGUAUCAUAUGAGAGACAAGUAGUGUUUUUAAUUACUGAUUAAGCUGUGCUACUUAUUACCAAGCCGAGAUAAUGACACUAAUUGACUAUUUUGAGAAUAUUAUUGCAUAAAAUAACCAGAUAACCAUCAGGGCUGACUUCAUCUUAGUUCUCAAAUUGUACCAAACCAGUAGCAUGCCCAUUGUUCUGCACUCCUCAUUAAGUAAAAGGGCUUAUGAAGAUCUCUAUACACAGUGAACACAUCGCCAUUACACCACACACAAUACAUCCAUGCAGUUUAAUAUAAAUCUCAAUUUGUGUUCCCACUCUCACACCCAGAGCUCAUUUUACAAGUGUAGAGCAGCCCCAGACUCAAGCACAAAGCUCAGAUCUCAUUGUGUACAUGUACUAUGGCAUAACCUGAUAAUCUUUGUCAGUCAUUUUGAAUAUAUUUUCUCAAUGUUGACCAGCUUGUGAAAAGAAAGAAAUAGGUUUGACUUUUAAGGGCUGACUUCUUAGUUAUUUUCUCCUUCGAUGAACAAGGCUGGAAGAUCAGGUAGAUACCACUGCUGUGUUCGAUUUGCUUGUGUGUUUUUUUUUUGUUUUUUUUUCUUCAUUCAAAAAGUAUGACAAUGACUGAAAUCUAAUGAGAUGUCCAAUCUUAUCAAAAACACCUGAUGUCAACAUUUAAAACUGCAGCAGAUAUGAGGAUCCAUUGCAUAUCUAUAGGAAAUAGAUCUGCUUUUCUGUAUUGCAGUUUAAACCCCGCCCACUUCAUCCUCUUCACUUGCAUGACAUGUACCUUCUUCCUCAUUGUCAUUCAGCACAGCCAUGCCCAUACUGAAGGACUGUAUUUAAUGACAAAUGCUGCUAUACUAUCGGCAAACCAGUAGAUGGAGACAUUAUAUUUUGUACCGCGCUACUGCACAAGGACAGUGGAUUAAGAGAAGAGGACUCAAAAGAUGGAAUAUGGGUGGACCUGCUAUCAGUGUGUACACAUUUGUAUCUAUCGCUAAUUGCCUUUUGAAGCUUGUCGGGGCAGAUGCAAGAGAGCAUCGUUAUGUGUUUCUAUCUAGACCCACAGAGUCCUACACUGGUACUCCUAUCAGCCCCCAGAAUUAUAAAAUGCAAACCAACAAGACUAAUAACGAUUGGCAGUACUAUGUUAUCAAUGACAAAGAAUCAUUUAAAUCAGAACCUUGUGCUCAAACAGUCGUGCCUCACCCCUCUAACUGAUAUAAAUGUACUCUCUCAAUGUACAUUUCUUGUGCCAAAUAGUAUGUUCUGGAGGGAUUUGAAGUUCUAAGGUUAGGAACAAGCUUAUGGUAAGGUUAGGAUUAGGAAAGUAAGGUUAUAUAGUUCCUCCAGAGCUGACUAUCUACAACUC